AUGAUAGGAUCAAAUGACAGUCCCUAUCAAGGCAGAGUAUUUUGCUUGACAAUUCGCUUCCCAACAGAUUAUCCCUUCAAACCACCGGUUGCAUUUACAACAAGAGUCUGUCACCCAAAUAUUAACAGUAAUGGCAGCAUUUCUCUUGAUGUUUUAUGGUCACAGUUGUCUCCAGCACUAACUAUUUCAAAAGUACUUUUGUCCAUCUGUUCUCUGUUGUGUGAUCCCAAUCUAGAUGAUCCUUUAGUGCCUGAGAUUGCAAGGAUCUACAACAGAAAAAAGUAUAGCAGAAUAGCUUUGGAGUGGACUCAGAAAUAUGCAAUCUAAUUUAAAAAAUGAUUGGACAAGCUCUACGAAUAAAGGUGGGGGAACUCUGAAAGAGAAAGUACUUUUAAUUUCCAUUUGACUGCUUUCUAUGAGCCCAUGCUUCACCUUCCCCUGUGCCACAUGGUUACCUGAUACAGCAGUGUUGCGUGUUGUACAUGCUUAGA